AUGGUCUGGGCGGUGCGGGCCGGGGCGGAGGAGCUGAGGGGUGGGAUGAGGAUCAGAGGGCUGGUGUUGAUCCAUCCGUACUUCUGCGGGAAGGAGCCGGUGGGGAUGGAGAGCAGGGAUCCGCGGGUGAGGGAGAGGAUGGAGAGCACGUGGGGGUUCGUGUGCGGGUGGAAGAAGGGGUUGGAGGAUCCGCUUGUGGAUCCGCUAAGGGGGGAGGGGAUGGAGGGGUUGGGGUGCGAGCAGGUGCUGGUGAGCGUGGCGGAGAGGGAUUUCUUGAGGGAGAGAGGGAGGGCAUACUACGAGGGGUUGAAGGGGAGCGGGUGGGGAGGGAAGGUGGAGCUGAUGGAGUCGGAGGGGGAGGAACAUGUGUUCCAUCUCCAAAAUCCUACAGGGGAGAAGGCUUUGAGAAAGGCGACAACAGCGAGUGGAUUGCAGAGAGAGAGUGGGGAAAGGGAGUGGACCUUUAGGAGAGAGAGUGAGUGA